CCGACCGAGCCCGCCGCCUCACGCGCGACGCAAAUUGUAACCGUUUCUGAACGCACGCGGGAAAUAGUUGCGUCAAAAAUUCAAAAAAGGAAAAAAUUAAAAAGUUGGAGUUUUGUUUUUUACUGGAGUGAACUGUAAAAAUGGGUGCCAGUGCUAAUGUUGUUGCCGCGGUUUUGCUGCUUUCUGUGGUGAUGGCUGUUCCCACGGGAGGACCGCAGCGACACAAAUUUGAAGAGAAUGCUGGAGAUCUCAGCGCGGAGUCUUCGGAGAUCGUCUCUGAGUCGGUGGCGCCGCCGCCGUCGCUGCGUCAUCAGGAGCCGCUGGCCGCCGCCUCGUCGGUGCCCGGCCAGGCCACAGAACUAGAGGGAGAUGCACAAAACUUCUUCCCGAGCUUCGCGAACCUCUUCGAGCCGCGACAGCACAGCAAUAACUACCGCCUCGGCUUCGGCAAUCAGGAGGCCGCGUAUAGCCAAAGACCCAACUCCUACAGAUCCCUGCUGAACUAUCCCAACCUGUUCGGGAACUACAGAAGCUUAGACAGCUUCGGCAAGCAGAACACGCCGGCCCCAGCGGCCCCCGUGGCCGAGGCCAGCCCGAGCAUCCUCGGCUCAGGGAACUUCGGCGUCAUCACGGGAGGAACAUUCUUCGCUCAAAAUGACGACGAGGAGUCAGACUUCAGUGACACGUACAGUUCGUACUAUAACAACGGGCACGGGCGGCCCGCGCUCGGCCUCGGAUACAUCGCCAACCCGCGACCCAACUACAGCCAGGACCAGUUCGCAAACUUCAGAGACUUUGCCGACAUCAAUACCCCAUCCAACGCCGCCUACUCGCACUUCGUGGUCGUCUACGCGAACAAGAACGCCACCUUAGACGAAGUGAGCGAGGAAUCCAGGAGAGUGGUCUCCGAGCCCAAGAAUAUAUUCGAAACCCUCGAGCUACUAGACAAGACUGAGCCGAUAGAGGCGACUAAAGCUCCCCCGAAACUGUCCAAAUCGAAAGCGAAGUUGGCAGCUCUGAAGCAGAAGAGCUUAGCCAAGAAAGAGCAAUGGAAGAAGGCAAGUGUAAAGCCAGUGAGCCUCAAACACGACGCGGAAGAGCCGUUGCUCGCGUUAAGUUAAGACCAGUGUGUGUAUUUCAAAGACUUGACUUUAUUGCGUAAGUGAUCGGAAACCAGUAGAGCAAGUGACUGCUCGUCGCACGUCGUCGCGUGGAUUGAAUGUGACGUGUGGAAAAGUGAAGCUAGAUUUAAAUUGACAGGCAGAUAAUGUGUGCAGAUCACAAUGAUUUAAUUUUCAAUAAAAAUAAUUAUCUGACAAAAUUAAAUGGUGUUCAUGGACUAGACCAGUUAGGUACUUAUCAUGUACUUAUGUUCAUACCUAAUAAGGCUGUGCGCACUGCGAUUUGUUGUGCGCGCAUUAUGAUAAAAAAAACGCGUGGAAAUCAGUUAUAUUAAAAUGAUGAAUCGUGUUGCCAAAAGUCGCGCUACAAAAAAUAGUAGUGCGUGCAGGCUAUAACCAAGAAUAAUUUAGUGCCUAUUAUGCGUAAAAUGUUCACUGAGCUCCUUCCCAAUAGCUAUCUAAUGUAAACAUACAUUGUUCAAAGAACUACUGCACUAGAUAUCAGAUCUGUUUUAUUGACUACCUACUGUAAAGAAGUUAGAUUUGUUUAAGUAUAACAUUUUGUUUGUAAUGUACCUAUAUUUGCUGUGUUUAAAUGAGAUUCGUGUGUUAGGUGAUGUAUGUUCGUAAAUUGAAUACAAACUGAUAAUAAAAUAAAUUAAAUUUAUAAGUAA